CAGAAACUGCUAAGUUUGGUCCCUCUUCAGAGUCAGAGAAAGGAGGACCCUAUGGGCCAGACAGAAGAGACCCCUCAGGGUCAGAGAGGAAAUGCCUCCCAGGAGGAGAACACAGAUGUAUCUCAGAGUCAGAAAAGGAAGCCAUUCCAGGGUCAGAGUAGGGAGGCACCCCAGGGUGAGAACAAAGGGACUCCUCAAAGAGGAAAUAGUCCUAAGGGCUGGAGAAAGGAGAUUGGGCAGGGUCAGGACAUGAAAACCCUUCAGUCUUGGGAAGGCACUGUCUCACAAACCUGGGAGGCGGCCCAGGGAGAAGCACCUGUAGGGGCUCAGUGCCAUCGGCGGGACUCGUGCAAGUCCCUGGGAGAAGAGACCCCCCAGUGUGGGGAAAGAGACAGCCUCGGCCGCCGAGGAAGGACCACUCAGCGGAUCCAGGUGAAGUCCAAAUGCCAGAGUCAGAAGGCGGCUGAGGCCACGGUAAAGCGGGGGGCCGCCCGGGAUGGGGCGUGGGCUCCUCUCCCGGUCCCCAGGUCCCCGGCCUGGCUGCGACUCCCAGGCCCAGGAGCUGGGAUGCUGGCGGCACUAAGUACCGAGGGCUGUGGGCAGCAGGGGCUCCCCGUGGCUCCCCCGGGAGGAGGCCACCGCCCGGCGGAGCAGGAGGUGGGCAAGGCCAGGCUCCCGGGCACGCUCCGGGAGAGUAGGGGCGGCCCUGGGGGCCCCAAAGCCUCGAAGGCUGCGUGGCCGGCGCCCCCGGGAGGGGAGAAGGCGCCGGCCGGCGUGAGCGCGGCACAGCGGGAGACGGCUCUGCAGUGGCUGCUGGAGCUGCACGGCGCGGCCCGGAGGCGGCGGCGGCGUGAGCGCGAGCAGCAGCGGCUCCGGGUGCGUUCGCUCGCGGGCCGACCUAGUCGCCUGCGGCCGGCGGGCGGGCGGGCAGAGCGCCAGGCUGACUGCCGCCUCUCCAGGUCUUGGAACGGCUGCGCAUGGCAAGCCACCGCCACUGCCGGGUUCAUCCUCUGGGGCUCCCUCCCAGUUCCGCUCAGCUCCCGCCACAGGCAAGACCCGGGGAGAAGGCAACCGGGUCUUCAGGACCCGGCCCGGGGAAGGCAGAGCGCGGGAGGGGUGAUGCGCUUGCCACCCCGGCCGGGCGACGCUGGCUCAGCCAUCUGCCUGCGUAGGAGGACGCGGCCGGACAGCGUCGCGCCCUGAGGGAGCAGCUAGAACAAGUGCACCUGGAGAGGACCCGGUGGCUGCGGGCCCUCAGGGCCAGGAACACCCAGAACUUCCAGGAGCUACUCUGGCCCCCUGGCGCUGAGAAGCCUGCACCUUUAGAAUAGUGCCCACACCUGCGGACGGGCUCUGGGCAUUGCUGGGUCCCUGAAGGGAUGAUUAAGGAGAUGGGGGUUAAGGAAAAGACAAAGAAGGUGACCUUCAGGUCAGAAAGCCCGCAGCUUCAUGGCCUGGGAGAACAGACCAGAAACACACAGCAGCUUGGCCCUACCAGGAGGCCUGUUAUUUCUUCAUGCCUCCCUCUGGCCAAAAGUCAGAGGGCCAGAUCCCGGGGAUCCAGAAAUGCAAAGGCCCCAUUCUUCCGGAAGAAUGACUCUAUGCGGCACAUCUUGCAGGACACCAGUUCUUGCUUUGCUGGGGGACCUUGGGAAAAGAUGUCAGAGGCCAGGAAUGAGUUCCUGGGGAAGGGACUCAGCACAGAAGCUGCAUCUGUCUGCAUAGUACUAGGACUCUGCCUGUGUUGGAUCCACUUUUUGUGAAGAAUAAAAACUUUCUGGGUAGAACUU